AUGGUCCCUCCACACAACUCCAGGUCAGUGUGGAGGCUACAGCACCGAGCCCACGCUACAGCACCGUGCCCACGCUACAGCACCGUGCCCACGCUACAGCACCGUGCCCACGCUACAGCACCGUACCCACCCUACAGCACCGUGCCCACGCUACAGCACCGUGCCCCACCCUACAGCACCGAGCCCACGCUACAGCACCGUGCCCACCCUACAGCACCGUGCCCACCCUACAGCACCGUGCCCACGCUACAGCACCGUGCCCACGCUACAGCACCGUGCCCACGCUACAGCACCGUGCCCACGCUACAGCACCGUGCCCACGCUACAGCACCGUGCCCACCCUACAGCACCGUGCCCCACCCUACAGCACCGAGCCCACGCUACAGCACCGUGCCCACCCUACAGCACCGUGCCCACCCUACAGCACCGUGCCCACCCUACAGCACCGUGCCCACCCUACAGCACCGUGCCCACCCUACAGCACCGUGCCCCACCCUACAGCACCGUGCCCCACCCUACAGCACCGUGCCCCACCCUACAGCACCGUGCUACCCACCCUACAGCACCGUGCCCCACCCUACAGCACCGUGCCCACCCUACAGCACCGUGCCCACCCUACAGCACCGUGCCCCACCCUACAGCACCGUGCCCCACCCUACAGCACCGUGCCCCACCCUACAGCACCGUGCCCCACCCUACAGCACCGUGCCCCACCCUACAGCACCGUGCCCCACCCUACAGCACCGUGCCCCACCCUACAGCACCGUGCCCCACCCUACAGCACCGUGCCCCACCCUACAGCACCGUGCCCCACCCUACAGCACCGUGCCCCACCCUACAGCACCGUGCCCCACCCUACAGCACCGUGCCCCACCCUACAGCACCGUGCCCACCCUACAGCACCGUGCCCACCCUACAGCACCGUGCCCACCCUACAGCACCGUGCCCACCCUACAGCACCGUGCCCCACCCUACAGCACCGUGCCCCACCCUACAGCACCGUGCCCACGCUACAGCACCGAGCCCACGCUACAGCACCGUGCCCACCCUACAGCACCGUGCCCACCCUACAGCACCGUGCCCACCCUACAGCACCGUGCCCACCCUACAGCACCGUGCCCCACCCUACAGCACCGUGCCCCACCCUACAGCACCGUGCCCCACCCUACAGCACCGUGCCCCACCCUACAGCACCGUGCCCCACCCUACAGCACCGUGCCCCACCCUACAGCACCGUGCCCCACCCUACAGCACCGUGCCCCACCCUACAGCACCGUGCCCACCCUACAGCACCGUGCCCACCGUGGCUACAGCACCCACCGUGCCCACGCUACAGCACCGUGCCCACGCUACAGCACCGUGCCCACGCUACAGCACCGUGCCCCACGCUACAGCACCGUGCCCCACCCUACAGCACCGUGCCCACGCUACAGCACCGUGCCCCACGCUACAGCACCGUGCCCACGCUACAGCACCGUGCCCACGCUACAGCACCGUGCCCACCCUACAGCACCGUGCCCACGCUACAGCACCGUGCCCACCCUACAGCACCGUGCCCACGCUACAGCACCGUGCCCACGCUACAGCACCGUGCCCACGCUACAGCACCGUGCCCACGCUACAGCACCGUGCCCACGCUACAGCACCGUGCCCACGCUACAGCACCGUGCCCACGCUACAGCACCGUGCCCACGCUACAGCACCGUGCCCACGCUACAGCACCGUGCCCCACCCUACAGCACCGUGCCCACCCUACAGCACCGUGCCCACCCUACAGCACCGUGCCCACCCUACAGCACCGUGCCCACCCUACAGCACCGUGCCCACCCUACAGCACCGUGCCCCACCCUACAGCACCGUGCCCCACCCUACAGCACCGUGCCCCACCCUACAGCACCGUGCCCCACCCUACAGCACCGUGCCCCACCCUACAGCACCGUGCCCACCCUACAGCACCGUGCCCCACCCUACAGCACCGUGCCCCACCCUACAGCACCGUGCCCCACCCUACAGCACCGUGCCCACCCUACAGCACCGUGCCCACCCUACAGCACCGUGCCCCACCCUACAGCACCGUGCCCCACCCUACAGCACCGUGCCCCACCCUACAGCACCGUGCCCCACCCUACAGCACCGUGCCCCACCCUACAGCACCGUGCCCCACCCUACAGCACCGUGCCCCACCCUACAGCACCGUGCCCCACCCUACAGCACCGUGCCCCACCCUACAGCACCGUGCCCCACCCUACAGCACCGUGCCCACCCUACAGCACCGUGCCCACCCUACAGCACCGUGCCCACCCUACAGCACCGUGCCCACCCUACAGCACCGUGCCCCACCCUACAGCACCGUGCCCACCCUACAGCACCGUGCCACGCUACAGCACCGAGCCCACGCUACAGCACCGUGCCCACCCUACAGCACCGUGCCCACCCUACAGCACCGUGCCCACCCUACAGCACCGUGCCCACCCUACAGCACCGUGCCCCACCCUACAGCACCGUGCCCCACCCUACAGCACCGUGCCCCACCCUACAGCACCGUGCCCCACCCUACAGCACCGUGCCCCACCCUACAGCACCGUGCCCCACCCAACAGCACCGUGCCCACCCUACAGCACCGUGCCCCACGCUACAGCACCGUGCCCACCCUACAGCACCGUGCCCACGCUACAGCACCGUGCCCACGCUACAGCACCGUGCCCACGCUACAGCACUGAGCCCACGCUACAGCACCGUGCCCCACCCUACAGCACCGUGCCCACCCUACAGCACCGUGCCCCACGCUACAGCACCGUGCCCACCCUACAGCACCGUGCCCACGCUACAGCACCGUGCCCACGCUACAGUGAUGGAUGA